AUGGGGGGCCGUGGCGGGGCGCGGCCACGCAGAGGCGGGCGCGGCGACGGGACGACGUGGGGCGCGGCGAGGUCGGGGGAGGCGCAGAUGUACGCGGGCGAGCAAGGGGGCGAGGCGAUGGUGGCCUCGCUUGGCAACGACAGGGGCAAGGCGCAGCGAGUCGGGGCUCAGGUGCGCGGUUGCGGCAGCAGGCGGGCGCGAGGCGCUGCGACGGCGAGUGCGGGAGGCGGGCGAGCAGAGCAGCGGCAGUGGGUGCGGGCGAGCAGCGGGGCGCCGGGCCUGGAUGUGCGGGGUGCGUGGUCAAGCUCGGUGAGCGCGUGCACGCGCGGGAGAGAGGGGAGGAGAGGGAGAGCUCACGGGGGAGAGGGCGCGGCCACGGCGCGUGUGGAGGCACGCCGGGCGGGGCGACGCGCGGCCAGGGCGCGGGCCGAACGCGCGGAGCGCGGCGAUGCAGGGGAGGGGAUGAGCACGGGCCGAGGGCCUCACCACGGGCGUAGGGUCAGGGCAGCGGGGCUCGGGGUGGUCGACGGCGACGACCGGGCGACGGGGAGGCAGGCCGGCGGGGAGGUUGCAUCUCACCGUCAAAAGCAAACUGGCCGAAGCGAGAGCUGCCCAAACCGUGAAGAAGCCUUCCGGCCACAUCCCGCGACAUCGCCAAUUUCACGCUAG